GGCGGGCUCUGGGUUCCGGCGUGGUCUCCGCCGGUUGAGAGAGUGUAACUCUUGCUGCCGCAUCAUGGCGUCCGUGGGGACCCUCGCCUUCGAUGAAUAUGGCCGUCCUUUCCUCAUCAUCAAGGAUCAGGACCGCAAGUCUCGUCUUAUGGGACUUGAAGCCCUCAAGUCUCAUAUAAUGGCAGCGAAGGCUGUAGCAAAUACAAUGAAAACAUCACUUGGACCAAACGGGCUUGAUAAGAUGAUGGUGGAUAAAGAUGGUGACGUGACUGUGACCAAUGAUGGCGCCACCAUCUUAAGCAUGAUGGACGUUGACCACCAGAUCGCCAAGCUGAUGGUUGAACUGUCCAAAUCACAGGAUGAUGAGAUCGGAGACGGAACCACAGGAGUGGUUGUCCUGGCUGGCGCCCUGUUGGAAGAGGCUGAGCAGCUGCUGGACCGCGGCAUCCACCCCAUCAGGAUCGCCGACGGCUAUGAGCAGGCCGCCCGCAUCGCUAUUGAACACCUGGACAAGAUCAGCGACAGUGUCCUUGUCGACAUGAAGAACACUGAGCCCCUGAUCCAGACGGCGAAGACCACACUGGGCUCCAAAGUGGUUAACAGCUGUCACCGUCAAAUGGCCGAGAUCGCCGUGAAUGCCGUCCUCACCGUGGCCGACAUGCAGCGCAGGGACGUUGACUUCGAGCUCAUCAAGGUAGAAGGCAAGGUGGGCGGGCGGCUGGAGGACACCAAGCUGAUCAAGGGCGUGAUCGUGGACAAGGACUUCAGUCACCCGCAGAUGCCCAAGCAAGUGGAAGAUGCUAAGAUUGCAAUCCUCACGUGUCCAUUUGAGCCACCAAAACCAAAGACGAAGCAUAAGCUGGAUGUGACCUCUGUGGAAGAUUUUAAAGCCCUUCAGAAGUACGAAAAGGAGAAGUUUGAAGAGAUGAUCCGGCAGAUUAAAGAAACUGGUGCUAACCUAGCUAUUUGCCAAUGGGGCUUUGACGAUGAAGCGAAUCAUUUACUUCUCCAGAAUGACCUGCCGGCGGUUCGCUGGGUCGGAGGACCCGAAAUUGAGUUGAUCGCCAUCGCCACAGGCGGCCGCAUCGUCCCUCGGUUCUCAGAGCUCACAGCUGAGAAGCUGGGCUUUGCGGGUCUUGUGAAAGAGAUCUCAUUUGGGACCACCAAAGACAAGAUGCUGGUCAUCGAGCAGUGUAAGAACUCCAGAGCCGUCACCAUUUUCAUCAGAGGAGGAAAUAAGAUGAUCAUCGAGGAGGCCAAGCGUUCCCUUCAUGACGCUCUGUGCGUCAUCCGCAACCUGAUCCGGGACAACCGCGUGGUGUACGGCGGGGGCGCUGCGGAGAUCUCCUGCGCCCUGGCAGUCAGCCAGGAGGCCGACAAGUGCCCGACCCUGGAGCAGUACGCCAUGCGCGCCUUCGCCGACGCACUGGAGGUCAUCCCCAUGGCGCUCGCCGAGAACAGCGGCAUGAACCCCAUCCAGACCAUGACCGAGGUCCGGGCCAGACAAGUGAAGGAGGUGAACCCUGCCCUUGGGAUCGACUGUCUGCACAAGGGGACCAAUGAUAUGAAACAUCAACAUGUCAUAGAAACUUUGAUCGGCAAAAAGCAACAGAUCUCUCUUGCAACACAAAUGGUCAGAAUGAUUUUGAAGAUUGACGACAUCCGUAAGCCUGGAGAAUCUGAAGAGUAAAGAGAAUUUAGAGUAAAAUAAGGAGUAAGAUCCACUCCUGUGACUAAAUAAAUGGGGGUCUUGUGCUGCAUCUACAGCUAUUUAUUGUUAACGUCCGGUAUCAGACACUGUCGUAGAUGCUAUGACAACAGUAGCUAUUUGUAACCAUAGUUUCACUUGUUAGAGACAUGGAAGUGUAGAGGUGAUCUCACAAGGUUUUGUAUUUGUUAUAUUAAAGGGAACUCUAAACA